AAUAAAAUCAAAAGAACAAAUAAGGUUAAACUCAAGUUAAUUAGAUUAUUCUUAUAUACAAAAAUGAAUCAAGAAGAUCAUAUGAAUCAAGGAGACCAUAUUAUGAACAACGGAGAAGGCUCAAUGCCUUGCUUCUCCGAGACGACCAUUACGUCCUCUAAUCAUCUCUAUCCCAUGACGGCCGCGACGAAAUCUUCGGAAGAGGACCACAGCAUUUCGCUCUCUCUUCUACUCAAUCUCUCCACAAUACAAGACAAAGUCCACCACAUCCAAUCUCUGGUCAGCUUUUUCAUGAUCUCUAACAACAACCAAUCCUCGGAGUCAACGUCGUCUUUGGCCGUGGCUAACAUCGAAAGCUUGGUUCAAGAGAUCGUCACGGCAGCUACUUCAAUGAUGCUCACUUGCCAACAACGCCACAUCCCAUCUAAUAACAACAGUAACUUCAAUAACGAACAAACCGUAGAUGCAAUCGUUAUGAAGUAUUCCACACAAGAGACCGAACCGGAUCAUGACUUCACGCCAGAGUCGUCAACCAACUUUCUUGGCGUCCAAGAAAGAGGAAAUAUUUCGUUUAUUGACCAGAAUCUUGACUGGCACGGCACACAAUCCAUAAACCCUAAAAAAGAUCAGCAUCGUUUUAAAACAAGACCCGGGAACUAUGAGAUACUGGAGCUAGGCGCAGACGACCUACUAGCAAAGUUCACGCAUUACUGCCAGAUUUGUGGAAAGGGGUUUAAGAGAGACGCGAAUCUAAGGAUGCAUAUGAGAGCACACGGAGACGAGUACAAGACACGUGAAGCCUUGAUCAGCCCAACGAGCCAUGACAAGAAAGUUGAAGAACACUCGUUGAUGAGACAUUACUACUCGUGCCCUCAACAUGGGUGUAGAUGGAACCAGAGGCACGAGAAGUUUCAGCCGUUGAAAUCUGUGAUUUGCGCCAAGAAUCAUUACAAGAGAAGUCAUUGUCCGAAAAUGUAUAUGUGCAGGAGAUGUAACGUGAAGCAUUUCUCGGUUCUGUCUGAUCUUAGGACGCACGAGAAGCAUUGUGGGGAUAUAAAGUGGGUUUGUUCUUGUGGGACUACGUUCUCUAGGAAAGACAAGCUUAUGAGCCAUGUUUCUUUAUUCGUGGGCCACUCACCGGUCCAUGGCCCGCCGCCGCAGCAGCGUCCGAUUAUCACAAUAUAAAGAUUUCUACGUAUUAUCAAAUGACUUGUGCAUUAGCGUUAAUGUUACAAAUUAUUUUGAUUACGAUACUGCAUUAUGGAUAUGUUAAAAAAGAGUACGUAGUUUUUCAUCAUUCUUGCUUCUGCUAAGUUAUGGGUAAUAGUUUUGGUUAAUCCAUGCAACUUCUGAUUUCUGAAUAAUAGUUACAAUGUUGAGAAACUAACGUGACAAUGGCUCAUCUGACUUCAAACUAGCAAUGUAACAUCUUAUAAUAUAUUUGACAUAUGGUUACGAUUGGUAUCAGUUGGUGGCAGCGCUAAAGAUAGUAUCUUCGUCCAUAUAUAACAAUUUAAGAAAGACAUAAUUAUCUUCUCUAUGCACAUACGCAGCAAUUUUCAUCCAUUGUGAUUUUCUCUCAUGAAUAGAAAAAAAAGAAGAAUUUUUUAAUUUUAACAAUACAUUUUCAACGGUCCAUUUCAUCUGAUAUAGAUGUACAGUAUAGACUAACCUACUUGACAAUGAUAACUAAAUAUUUUAAAUAAAGUAUAUAAAGCAAAAAAAUGUUAUAACACCAUAUUUUGGUGGAUUGGAUCAUAAAAGAGAUUCAAAAAUGAACUCACAUUGAAAACUCGUGUUUGCAGUUUGUGUAGCGAUGUGUCUCUUGACUCGAUAGCAUCAUUUCUUAGGGUAUGUUCGAUGGUCAGGUCCAACAUCGCGUGAACCAGUGUUUAUGUCAGGUCCAACAACUUAAUUGUAAUUUUUUCAUCUGUGUUUAAAAAUUCCCUAAGAAUAGUAAAUUUGUGAAUAGGCAAAGAACUAAUCAGAAACAAGAUUAAUAAGAUUCUGGUUACAGUUAGUUUUUUAAUAGUUUUAAACAACUUAAAUCUGCUAAUUUACGGGUCCCUCACCACCUAGCUAGUAGCCUAGUACUAUAACAGACAAUACCAAAAGCAGAAAGAAGAAAACUAUCAUUUCCUUACAUUUAUGAUAAAUGAUAAAAGAAUUUGUGGGAUAUAUGAAUAAAACACGAUAUAGAACAUUCCAUAAAGAAUAUUUCACAAAAUAAUUAAUUGUUAAAAAGUCCAUGUUCGAUCCUAGAAAAAGCGUAGUUGCUUUUAUGUCAACAAAUAAUCAAUAAUUGUUAAAAAAGUCCAUGUUCAAUCCUAGAAGGCGAAAUAGUUGCUUCAGUGGGAACACAUUUUUUAAUUUUAUUUCUGUUACUUUUUAUUCUUCUUCAUUUUUGUUCUUUUUUAUCUCACAACUAGAGUCUAGAGAGACCACUCUAGUCCAUUAGAUCUUUCUUUAUGUUGAUUAAUCAUUUCUAAACUAGUUUACUGUUUUUCUUCUUCUUUUUGUUAGCUAAGAAUCUAGUAAUAAAAUUAAGAGUUGUAAUGGAAUUUCAAUUGUUCAAACCCCUAAUUCAUACCAAACAUGUUUUAAAUGAAAUUAAAAGUAAAGAUAAUUCAUGGCAAUUCGAAUAUGAUCAUCAUCCUCCCAAUCCAAGUGUUCCGACUUUCCAAUAAAAUUAAAUAGAAUAUGAUCCAGACCUUAGGUCUGACUAAUCCUUCCAGACUGGAAGCAGUGGUUGAUAAUAUGGAGAAUUUAACUAGAAACAUGAAAUUGAUUCCAAGCGCUAAACCACUAACCUAACGCAUAGUUGGUAAUAUAGCUUGUGUUGGUCACAUCUUUUUUCAUUUUUGAAUAAAAUGAUAAAUUUGAUUCAAAAGAAAAUAGAACUUGUUUACAGACUGUAAAAUAUUUUGCUAUGUAAACAAGUUCUAUUUGUUUUUAACAAUGAGACUGUUAAAAUAUUUCGCUAUGUUCCCACAGCCCCAGUCCAGCUUUGGUAAGCAUUCACCAUCCUUUUGUCUUGCUUUAGAGUCAUUGUUAUGUUCUUCACAUGUCUGUCGAUUGACCGAAAGAGUACAUCAUUUUUUUUUGAUAAAGGCGUUGGUCACGUCUUUUUGCGUCACUUCAGUAUUCUAGUCUAGACGAAUCUACGAAAUUUUAUUAAAUUAAUUAGAAUAGACUUGUUUGUUUAUCACGCGAAAUAGAUUACAGUUUUAAUUAAAUGAGGUAGCAGUAAUUGUUUAGAACACAAUUGCGUUAACGCGACGUUCUUCCACAAAUAAUUCACCAAAGCUAACAAAGAAAAUAA